AGUCCGGGACGUCGGGUUCCGCGAUCUCGAACGUACAAAGCGCACACGAGGUGCGAAACAAAAAAAGGGUGACAGAAAUUCGGGACCGUGGGGGGGGGGGAAGCGGGAGCGUCAUUUUCUUGUGCGAAACGUCUUGUGGGGCAAGUGUCGAUUUCAUAUAGGGCGCCGCGACGUCCGACGUACGGGCGGUUUUUUCGUGAACCGCCACAGGUUGCCGCCGCCGGAGGCCGAACGACGCAGAUGAACGGGACUACAGCAUCACGAUGUAACGGGACAUAAAUUGCAGCGGUAAAGAGGAACUGACCUAUCCGCCAUGUUGCCCACGAACGUUAUGUCGUUCAUGAAAAAGAUGGUGACGGCGGAAGCUGGGACUCCGAACCCGGCUUCGGAAGCGCCGGAUGGGGGCACCACCUUCGGCAAGCUUAGACAGACCUUGUCUUCGUCGCUACUCACCGCUCAAGAUAAAGUAACGAAAAUGGGACCCAGGCCGUCGCUGAUACCGGACCCGACCCUAACCGAUCAACAGUCUCCUUCGGCCGACGAGAAGCCUCCCGGAGGUCAGCAAGUACCUCCGGCCGCUACCCCGACUCCGAAGCAAGAACCAGGGAAACCACCCAGUCGCGCUGGAGCAUGCAGGGUAUGUCUGAAAGCCUUCAAGCCUGACGAUUUCAGCAGGACCUGCGCCACGUGCACUCAGAGGGUGUGCGAAGACUGCGCGAGCUAUAGCAAACUAGCGGAGAACGAGAACCAGGCGAAUUGGACUUGCAGCGUCUGUCGAAGAAAGAUGCAGUCCAGGACGGUGCUGACGCAGGACUCCAACGAAAGCCUGCUGGAAAUUCCGCUGCAGGAGUUGCAGAGGAGGCACUCGGAGGCGAGACUCGGCUCGUCUGGUAGCGGACUGACGGUGGGCGGGGUGGGCAGCGGACUCGCCCCGCCCAGGAGUCCGGAAUUGAGGAGGCACUCGGACGUGUCACCCGCUUCCCUUAAAGAACUCGAGAAGUUGAAGGGAGGCGGUAACAAAACCCCCGACCCGAACUGGAACAGAGGCGGCGGACGCAGUACCGCCGGCAGCCGCCAAAACAGCCCCCCUCGCGAUAUCACCGCCCCCGGCCAAGUUUCCCGUUCCCGGAGGCCUUCGAGGGUCGCCCGGCAACACAGCUACGAUGACGAGGUGAAAAACGCGAUGGCGGCUGGCGGGGGCGGCGCGGCCGCCGCCCCCGGAGAGACCGGCCUCGGGUUACCCGCCCCUAUACCGCGAAGGGCGUCGGCCUACGACGUGUUUUCAGUACCCGGCCUCAGUACUGUGACUCAACCUACCACCAUGGGCCGUAGGGCUUCUUACAGGGCCCCCGCUGCCGAGCCUGCUAGCCCGCCAAGUCCAGACGUAGCACCCACGCUAGCUCUGGUCGCUCCGGAAGACGACAGGAGGACCAGGCGAAGGGGAUCGCACUUAUUUCAAGCGAAGGUGCGCAGGCACUUGCUCGUCACGCGCAGGCCCGAUAUCGGGGGCGGUUUGAGGACGAUCAUACCGCCCAGACCUACGCCCGCGUUAGAAGACCUCGAAGCGGCGCCCAGGAGACAGGCGUCGGUGGACGCCGAAGCAAUUCGCAUCGUUAUACACGACGUCGACAGCGGAACGGCGUCGGCGGCCCAAAAAAGGGUCGUCCUACGGAGAGACCCUUCCGACAAAGCUCACCGUACUAGAGGCUUCGGUAUGCGGGUAGUCGGAGGGAAAACUAGUCCUGACGGCCACCUGUUCGCUUAUAUAGUGUGGACGGUACCCGGAGGACCCGCAGAAAAGGGCGGGCUGCAACAGGGCGACAAAGUUUUGGAGUGGGGAGGCGUGUCGCUGAUCGACAGGAACUUCGAGGAGGUGUGCGCCAUUAUGGACCACCACACAGGCGACACCGUCGAACUGUUGGUGGAACACGCUACCGAUCUGCGCAUGUGCGACUUUCUCGACGAACCCCCGCCGCCGCCGCCGCCAUCGUCCGGCAGGAAACCGUCAGAGGCGAACAUUACCGGCUUAUACGAACCAGAGAACGACAAAACCCCGUCGUCGCCUACGAGAAGGAAACUACCCAAGACACCGGAACAACUGGCUAAAGAACGUACCGUUUCCGGUAGAGUUCAGAUCCAGGUGUGGUACCACGAUGAGAGGAAAGAGCUCGUGGUGGCGGUACUGGCCGGCGACGAUCUCGCUCAGAGGGACGACAGUCUUGGUUUUGGCUCAUUGCCCGAAGCUUACGCUCGACUCUGUCUCCUGCCUCUAACAACGGAAGAGCACUGCAUGCAGACAGAAGUGGCGCCUGCCAGUCAGAAUCCCAUCUGGAACGCCAACCUGAGCUUCGUCAAUGUACCGCCCGACGAGCUCAUGGAACGGAUACUCGAGAUAACCCUGUGGGACCUCAUACCUCACCACGAACACGCGUUCUUGGGUGAAUGCUCGGUUGACUUGCAAAAGGCGUUCCUGGACGAUCGCGCGGUCUGGUGCCGAUUGGAGGAUCCCAGACAAUUGAGGGGUAAAUCGCCUCACACGUCGCCAAGAGGUUCCAUAGCCGGAACCGGAAAAAGAAACGACUUCGGCAACCAGCGCAGCGUUUCUGACGACGUCGAUUCAAUCGGCGAGUGCGCCAGUUUGCUGCACCCGGACCACGCGUGGGGCUCUCGGCGGGGCUCCUCCCAGUCCGAGCAGCUCGAGGUCGAAGUGUAUCAGUUGGGAAAGGACUUUUCCCGAUCACUUCCCGGCUCCAGGAGGUCGUCGUUCCAGUCCGCGCAAGAACAAGCGGAACAAGAGGCGGUUCCGGUACCGCCACCGCCUUCGUACAGCCGCGACAGACGGAGGAGCAGCUGCACCCGGAUGCUCCGAGACCCGGAGGAGAUUUUAAAGUCCCUGAAAGCGGUCAAAGGGGAACUGGGAAGGACGAUGAGCUUGACAGCGGAAAAGAGAAGAAGAUCUAGCGCAGCGUCCAAUCGCAAAAACAGCGUAAUGGAGGUGGCAGAAACCAAAGAGAUCAAAGAAUCGUCGCCGCCGUCGAGCCCCGAGAGGGCUUCGCCCCCCCGCCUGGGCCCCGGACAAAUCAAGCCUCGCGGCUUCAGACUGUCCGGCACCAAGCCGGUCGAAAUCAAACUGGGCCUGUUGAUGACCAAAGGUCAACUGGAGGUCGAGGUGGUGUGCGCGCGACACAUAGCCCCCAAAGAAGCACCGCCGGACACUUACGUCAAGUGUUACCUGCGUGACGGCGAGAGGUGGCUGCAAAAGAAGAAGACCAGGGUGUGCAGGCAUUCUUGCGAGCCUCAAUUCAGGCAGACCUUAAAGUAUCAGGCGUGCGACGUGCUGGGGAGGAGUUUGGUCGUGAUGCUCUGGGAACGCCAAGGAGGAUUCGAGCAUAAUCAAGGUCUGGGCGGGGCUGAGGUAGCGCUAGACUCGCUUACCCUCACCCACCUGAACGUCGGUUGGUAUCCCCUGUUUCCGAUUCACUCUCUAGGUAGCGAUUCGAACGAUUCGCCUUGACCUGGAGGAGAGUCGCCCACGGAGGAGUCCCCCGGCUGAUUCUGGAGGAGCCGGUGUUUGGGUUUGGUUAGGUGCAUGUAACGUCGUCGCCAUUUGUAACGAAAGAACAGAUGAACGCGCUUCGCUUAUAUAAAAACAUACCGAGUGUCCCAUUAAGAGCGGAAAAGAAAUCAAUUAGUUUUCGAGUUUUCGAAAUAGCUGCCCAAUUUUAGUUAUAAGAAAAUUAAAAAAAAUUAAGAUACUACUUUUUUACAACAUUACGCAUCCUAACCUAAAACAUUAAUAAAAUAACCUAAACUUUGGCAGGCACUUCUACCUUUCCGGUUUUUUAUUAAUGUCCAGCCGAAAAAAAUGUCGUGCCAAAACCAAAGAAUUACUAGUUUUUUUAAGUAAACAUUUAUAUUUGAUUUAAUUUUACCAUUCUUAUCCUAAAUAAUAAAUUUUCGUUUUAUUUGGUAAAUUCGAGAUGAUUAGACAUUAUAACAGCAAACGAUAAAGCGGAAAUGUUUAGUUUACUCACUUUUAAGGUGAAUAUAAACAUGGGUUGUUGAGUCUUUUUUACUAUCUACCACGUCCUUGAAUUUUUUCAAAAGCACAGUAAAAGCCAUGCAACGCUUUAAGGUUUUUUGGAAUCAUCAACCUUUAUUUCCGAAAAAGAUUUGAAUUAAUCUCGACUUGAAAACAAUACUGACUUCAACUGUGGUUAACCUUAGUAAAUGUUGUAUACAUCGCCCCCUGACGGCCGUUUCAGCAACUCGAAAAUAACUAUCAGCCUGGGACGCCCGGUACAAAAAAACUCGGUGUAUUAUGUGUAGGUAAAUGUAAAUUUACGUAGGGGGCCUGUUUUUUUUUUGGGGGGGGGAGGUAGGUUAUAUAUUGCAUUAAAUUUUUCGUUGUUCGCGUCAAUGCGAGGACCAACGUUUACACCAAAUACACUUUAUAAGGAUCCCGAUUGGGCGAACGCCCACGGCGCACUUGCCCGACCCGGCGGUCAAAGAAGAAUAUGCUCCAUCCUACGGAUUGGGCCGUAUCUUAAACGGAAACUCCCCCUUCCGUUAAGUCGAUUUUAUUAUUAAUUAAUUAAAUAUUAAUCUUCCGCCGGUUCGCUCCUUCAGAAUGGGGAGUUUUCCUUUGAAAGCGUACUAUUUGGCCCACAUUGUACAUCCUUCGCGUCUCGUUAAUCUCGCAGAGACUCUCUUUUUUGAUAUUGGGAUGUAAAUUUCUCUAGAAUAAAAUACCUGUCACUAAACAGGUGAUUACGUUAGAAGUAGACUUUCGUUAUGGUUUCCGUUCUUUGCCGCGUUCGGUUAAAGAGCAUAUUGCUGUAAGAAUAACACCAAACUCCUUAGUGCUAGAUUUGUAACAAAAAAAAACACAACUAUGCCAUAGUAAGAACGAACGCGCCAAGAUAUAAAGACAAUAUUCUAUUAUUAAAAUUUGGUUAAACAGUGAAAAUAUAAUACGCCGUCGAGAAACUUCGCGGGGACACAGACCGCGAAAUAUCUGGUGGAAAAGAAGCAGAACUUCAAAGCCGUCUCGAUAUAAGUGGUGGCGUUUUGAAGCUUGUAAACAAUUCUCGUCCGUGCGUUAAAACCAGGGAAAAAAUGCACGUGAGUAAUAUGUAUUUUAAAACGUCAUUGAUCGGAGCCUCAAUCGGUCGUGAUUGCAAAAAAAAGGAAAAUAUUUAUAUAGCAAUAUGCGGCAAUCGCAUCAAACGCCGGCUUUCUUCCGUUCUAAAAAUGCGUUGUUUUCGAAUGCAUCCCAGUAUUGAUGACGGUUUGCGCUUCGAAUAGCAAUAGACAAAACAUCGAACGGCGGACAUUGUUUCGCGGCUACCUUAGCUGUUAUGUUUAAACUGCUACGAUACGAUCUUUCGAUUCGACCCUCACCUACGGAGAACUUAAAAAUUUAACUUGUCGCGUUGCGUUUUGGGCUGAUCUGCCAACGCCGUUUCUAAAAUAAAAUUCGAAAAAAUUACCCAUGUGUUUUUGCAACGCAAACGACAAGCUUGGUUAGUUCUAACGGCCAUCGGCGUAACCUUCUAUGCUUCAGAAAACGACUGAAUAAUAGGUACUAAUAAUGUGAACGUAUCCAUACACAACGCCAUAUAAUCUAUCCCACGACUGUUUGUAGAUGUUUUCCUGUACUUCUUAUCGUGUCGAAACCAUAGCUAGGCCGAUAUUAAACGGCUUUGUUUGUACACGUCAAUCGAUGGCCUAACAUAAUUGAAACAUGACAAUCUUCUAAACCUAGGUAGUUUAUUGUUAAACGAUUACGUAAUAAGUGUUGCGCUGUUAAAUGUGUGUCGACAUAUCCCUUCGUACGUAUAGCUAGCGACAAUCUGUCAUAUGUGAUGUUUAUCAUAUCGGUUCUGUACAUAACCGUAAACUUAUUCUGGCGGCGCCGCAGAAACUAGACGGCGUUGAAUGUUUGGCAAGUUUCGGCCCCAUACGUUAGCAACGUUGGGCCACUGUCAAAUAUUUAACGUUCAAUCAGAAACUUAGGAUAUUUGAUAUGAAAGAAGCAGAGAAGUGUUCUUGGGCUUUGUUGAUAAAGCCCGGUAAACACGACGCAAUUUCUGGGCUUAUUUUUUUCACGUAAAUAUCGCAACGCGUCGAAUUGCAAAAAAUUUAACAUAUAAAAUAAAUUAUUUUUCGUUUUCAACAAAGUCGAAAUCACGAAAGGUUGUCUAUAAAUCUAAGUAAUAAUUUUAUGAGCUGGUAGAAUGCUCAAGAAUAUAGACAGAUUAAAUAUAUGAUUAUAAAAAGUGCCAAUAGAUUGUUUGUUUAAAAAUCUUGUAGAGCGAGUCAAAAAACUGUACCUAUUUUAAUAUGCAACCUAAAUUAGUUAUAAAAGUAAGAGAAUUGCAACAGAAAUUGGUUUUAGAAAGUACAGAAAUGGUGGAUAUUGGAUUUUAUGCAGCACUUCACACAAAAAUCCUCAAGCUGUCAUAUGGUAUCAUUGCGCUAAAACAGGCUAAAAAUUAUCGUUCGUAAUACCCAAAUAUAAAAAACAACCUUUAAAAACAAAAUUCCACCAAAAUAACGGAGCCCAUUUUGCUCAACAAAAUGGCGUCUCGUCUGCCAUCAAAAAAUCGUGUCUACCGGGCUUAACGGUGCGAACAGGCGUCGGUGGUGACUUUUUCUUCUCCUCCACGCUAUAAAAGUGCCUCCUCGCUCUCCCACCUGAUUGCGUCACAUACCCUCUAAAAAAAGUUACAUAAACUUUCGACAAAAGAUUUGCAAAAGUUUUGGCCAAUUUCCGAAGGAAACUAUUUGCGAAAAUACCGCUCAAUCGUGUACUAGAUGGUAGUUUAAAUUUCGUAUACAUAGAUCUCUUCCACAGAACAUAGCGAGAUUUGUCAGUGGCCAUGUAUUAGUAACUUUGCGUAUCAACAUAGCCAUUAUAUUUGUCUAGUAGGCGUAUCUCAGAGAAUUACUCGUGCAUAUCGCGAGUUUCGGCAGCAAAGGGCGGUGAGGCUACCGUCAACGUAUUUAUUUAGAGAAAUAUUUAACGAAUUGUGAAAAAAAAAACAGCCACAUUGCAAAUUAUCCCGUCACAUGACGUUUUAUAUUUUUUAAUCGGCUGGGAUUGCGGGGAAGGGUGCGUCAGGUCGAGUAUGCCUCAAGGGCAGCUUAAGUGUGACGUCACGGAAACAAACUGACUAUACUUAUUUAACGUUAAAAUUUUGUAACGACUCGUUGUAUUUCGCUAUGGAAUUUUAACGUCCAUUGUACUUCGGAGUAAUUAUGCCAAUCAGAACUAACUUUAAGCGGUGUUAUAGUUGUGCCAGCGUUAUACAACUGAAUAUUUCUUUCUAUGGAAAAAUUUUACGAGGUUAUUUUCACAGGGGUUUAUAAGUGUGUUGCAAACCGAAUUAUUUUUGUUAUAUUAAAGAGAUUAAUAUAAAUGUGUUGUUCAUAAUAUAUUAUAUAUAAAUGUAAGAAAUGGAUAAAAAAUACACCUA